AUGUUGGCCAGAAAAAGCAUUAUUCCAGAAGAGUAUGUGCUGGCACGGAUUGCUGCUGAGAACCUGCGCAAGCCACGCAUCAGAGACAGACUUCCUAGAGCUCGGUUUAUCGCCAAGAGUGGGGCCUGUAACCUGGCCCAUAAGAAUAUUCGGGAACAAGGGCGCUUCCUCCAAGACAUCUUCACUACCUUAGUGGAUCUGAAAUGGCGCCACACACUGGUGAUUUUCACCAUGUCCUUCCUCUGCAGCUGGCUGCUCUUUGCCAUCAUGUGGUGGUUGGUGGCCUUUGCCCACGGUGACAUUCAUGCUUACAUGGAAAAAAGUGGUUUGGAGAAAAAUGGUGUGGAUUCCAGUGCUUGUGUGACUAAUGUCAGGUCUUUCACUUCUGCGUUCCUCUUUUCCAUUGAGGUUCAAGUGACAAUUGGAUUCGGUGGGAGAAUGAUGACUGAAGAGUGCCCCCUGGCUAUCACAGUUUUGAUUCUCCAGAACAUUGUGGGUUUAAUUAUCAAUGCAGUCAUGCUGGGCUGUAUCUUCAUGAAGACAGCUCAGGCCCACAGACGGGCAGAGACCUUGAUUUUCAGCCGGCAUGCAGUGAUUGCAGUACGAAAUGGCCGGCUUUGUUUCAUGUUCCGGGUAGGUGAUUUAAGGAAGAGCAUGAUCAUUAGUGCCUCUGUACGAAUCCAGGUUGUCAAGAAAACAACUACUCCUGAAGGGGAGGUAGUGCCUAUCCACCAACUUGACAUCCCUGUUGACAAUCCCAUAGAAAGUAACAAUAUUUUCCUGGUGGCCCCUUUGAUCAUCUGCCAUGUAAUUGAUAAACGAAGUCCCUUGUAUGAAAUCUCAGCCACUGACUUAGCCACUCAAGACUUAGAGGUCAUAGUUAUCUUGGAAGGAGUGGUUGAAACUACUGGCAUCACCACUCAAGCUCGAACCUCCUACAUUGCUGAGGAAAUCCAGUGGGGUCACCGCUUUGUAUCUAUUGUGACAGAAGAGGAAGGUGUAUACUCUGUGGACUACUCCAAGUUUGGCAAUACAGUCAAAGUGGCUGCUCCCAGGUGUAGUGCCAGGGAGCUAGAUGAGAAGCCUUCAAUACUUAUUCAAACACUUCAGAAGAGUGAGCUGUCCCAUCAGAACUCUCUGAGAAAGCGCAAUUCCAUGAGAAGAAACAAUUCCAUGAGAAGGAAUAAUUCCAUGAGAAGGAACAAUUCCUCUCUGAUUGUGCCAAAGGUACAGUUUAUCACCCCAGAGGGAAAUCAGAACGCAACUGAAACGUAACCUUGGUUCAACACAAAUUUAAUCUCUUGACAAGUCAUUGAGGCCAAUGUCAGAUUCUCACUAUGGACUAUGAUUUAGGACUACAAAGGCAAUUACUUGUUCUAUAGCUUCAUCCAUGCACUAAAUUGUAUUCCUGUCAAUGCAGCAACACUUGAUAUUAUCAAUAAACAGUAGCACCCAGAAGAGAUCACCAUUCACACUUGUAUUAGAAAUUUGAUUUUGUAACCAAAAUUUUUGAAUUGUCAAAGAAAUGAAAUAUUCUUAUUCCUAAAGGUAGAAGACAUUUUCUCAAAAUGAAUUAAAAUUGCCUUUUUUUUGUACUAUUGUAAUUAAUGCAAGCAAAAUGUUGCAUUAAAUGGAGGUGUUGAAAAUGAUGUUGGCUACUAAAAACUUGGGUUGGAAUGCUAGGCCAGAAAAUCCUCUAACUCAUUGAAUCAUGACCUUUUCUGUAAAAUGGGAAACAAAUAAAUCCCAAACCCCUACAGGGUUUGAAACUACCUUCUCCCCAGCCAAGAAAGCACCUCUUCCUUUCACAAGGAAGUAUCCUGAUAAGUCAGAAAAAAACUGCAUAAAAUCACAUAUUCAGAGCAGGAAGGCCACUUAGAGAUCAUUAAGUCAAACUCCUCAUUUUGCAGAUGAAGAAACUGAGGCCCAAAGAACUUAAUUCAUUUACCUGGGGUUACCCAACAAGUAGGUAUCUGAGGUAGUAUUUGACUUUAAGCCUUCCUGACUCUUAAGUCCAGUGCACUAUCCAGUACAUCAUACUACUUCUCCAAGAUUAUGAUGUUCUUCUUUGUCUAAAGCAGAUCUUGAUUUCUCUCAAUAUCCUUUAAAAGCUCAAAGCCAUUUUCAUUUCCUCUUUACCAUAAACCAUAGGGUAGAACUGGAGAUGGAGUCUUGGAAGUAAGAUGUGUGAAAGUUAAGGUAUUCCUGGUUCCUAUGGAAAGAGUUAUCCUUCCUUGGUGAAGGCUGAAUAACAGGUCAACAUUCUUUUAAGGGAACUCUUUACUCCCCUGCCUUUUACAAAUAAUGUAUUGAAUACAUAAAAGGAUGGAGAGAUAAAAAGCACAUAAUUUUUGCCCUGGGAGGAGCCAGGAGAAUCUGAUUCAAUAUUUCAACUAGUUGCAUGAAAUCAAUUUAGUACCUGUGAUGGAUAUUAUUCUGGACAUUGAUGGUCUUGAAUCACUUAUGUAGUCACAGAAGAACAUUGUAUGAGAAGCCUACACCAAUCUCCUGGUAGUAUCCUUCUAUAUUUGUAAAAGUAGUAGGGUAUGUUUGCCUGGAAAAGAUGAUUACUUUGGGGGAAGGGAGGGUGGAUGAUAAAUGGCUUCACCUAUUGAAGGACUAUCACAUGGAGAAGGAGUUAGACUUGCGCUGGUGGAACUGAGAGAGUUGAACUAGUAGCAAUGAAUUGAAGUUGUAAGGGGCCAGUUUAAGCUUGAUAUUGGGGAAAAUUUCCUCACAAUCAGAACUAUCCAAAAGUAAAUAAAAUCAGAUGCUUGGAGAGGGAAUGGAUUCUUCUUCUUUGGAAGUCACCAAGUAAAGGCUGGGCCACCACUUGUUAGGUAUGUUGUAGUGCAGAAACUUUUUGUGCUCCAUCUAGUUGGACUAGGUAGCCCUUAAGACCCUUUACUAUCCCAGAUUCUAUUAUUCUGCAAUAACCAUCUGUGCAAAAAUUGGGGAAAAUGAGCAGCAAACUAAAUCUUUUACUAAUCAGCUGAGUGAUUGUUGUGAAUCAAGCCAAUCAAAAGUCUUUUGGUCAAUAUGAAUUUUGAACUUAAUUAAUGUCAUAGUUUUAUAGCUGAAAUGGACCUCAGAGGUCAUCUAGAGCAAGCUCCAAUUUUUACAGACAAAGAAACUGAGGUCCAUAGAGAUUAAGUGAUUUUUUUAAGGUCAAACAGAUAAUAAAAUGCAGGGCUAUGUUCUCUAUCUUUUAGAGAAGACAGUGUAGUACAGUGGAAAAGGAUUGGCUCUGGAAUAAAAUUCUGUGACUGAAACUUACUAAUGAUUCACUUAAUCCUCAUGCAUUUGAGUUGGUCUCUUGAGGACUUUCUUGAUUAAAUCCUCCCUUCCUAUUUUAUGGACCGGAAAAAAAAAGUAUGAACAUACAAUUCCUUAUUAGCUAUAGCAAAAAUGGGAGAAUAACAAUAUUGGCUACAAGAUGAGAACUCCUUUACCACCCUUUCACUGGUGCCUUAAACAGAAAUAUCUGAUGCUAUCCUCAAAUGUGACAGGUACUAUUAAAAGUUGGACCUGUAAAAGA